CCCACUUCCUGUUCCCUGGCCCGGGCCAGGUCCCCUCAGGGCUCAGAUGUCGGCUUCCAGAUGCCCGGACUCAGAGCAGGGGAACUGUCUCUGGGGAAGCCCCAUUCCACUCGCUGCCCAGGCAACACGCUCCAGGCCGCAGCCAUGUGGUCCCAUCUGCCCUCGCCCACUCCCAGGUGGUGGCUGCUCCUCUGGGGAGUCCUCCAGGCUUGCCCCACGCAGGGCUCCGUGCUCUUGGCCCAGCCGCUGCCCCAGAAGCUGAUGUCCCCCGGGUACCCGGAACCGUAUGUCAAAGGCCAAGAGAGCUCCACGGACAUCGAGGCUCCAGAGGGCUUUGCCGUGAGGCUCGUCUUCCAGGACUUCGACCUGGAGCCGUCCCCGGACUGUGACCGGGACUACGUCUCGAUCACAGCCAGUGGAAUGGAUCCCAGUCGGUUCUGUGGGCAGCAGGGCUCCCUGCUGGGCAGUCCCCCUGGUCAGAGGGAAUUUGUGUCCUCAGGGAACAGUUUGCGGCUGACCUUCCGUUCACCCGCCUCUGAGGACAGAACCCCGGGCCUCCACAAGGGCUUCCUGGCCCUCUACCAAGCCGUGGGUAUGAAUCAUAGUCAGCCCAUCAGCCAGGCCAGUGGGGACCCUGAGGCCAUCAACACACCUGGAGACAACUCCACUGAGAUCCAGAGCCACUGCAAAGAGCCCUAUUAUCAGGCUAUGCCCGCAGGGACACUCACCUGCACCGCCCAGGUGCCCUGGAAGCAGACACAGGAAAGGGAGGAGGUUCCUCGCUGUGUGCCUGUCUGCGGACGGCCGGUCAUCCCCAUCGCCCAGAACAGGGAGCCCGUUGGUGCCUCCAGAGCUGAGCUGGGCAACUUCCCCUGGCAGGCCUUGACCAGCAUCUACGGCCGAGGCGGCGGGGCCCUGCUGGGCGACAGGUGGAUCCUCACCGCCGCCCACACCAUCUACCCCAAGGACGGUAUCUUCCUCGGGAAGAGCCGGCGCGCGGAGGUGUUCCUGGGCCACACGAACAUCGACGAGCUGCUGGAGCUGGGCGGCCACCCGGUGCGCCGCGUGGUCGUGCACCCAGACUACCGCCCGGACCAGACCCACAACUUCCACGGGGACAUCGCCCUCCUGGAGCUGCGGCACAGUGUCCCGCUGGGCCCCCACCUCCUCCCGGUCUGCCUGCCCGACCGCAAGGCCCUGUACCGCCCGGGCCUGGCGGGCUACGUCAGUGGCUUUGGCGUGGAGAACGGUUGGUUGACCACGGAGCUGAAAUACUCCCAGGUGCCCGUGGCCCCGAGGGCGGCCUGCGAGGCCUGGCUCCGAGAGAAGCGGAGGACCGAGGUGUUCUCCGGCGGCAUGUUCUGCGCCGGGGACAGCACGCGGCCGCAGAGUGUCUGCCAGGGGGACAGUGGUGGUGCCUACGUGGUGUGGGACGAUCGUGCCCGUCGCUGGGUGGCCACGGGCAUCGUAUCCUGGGGCAUUGGGUGUGGUGAGGGGUACGGCUUCUACACCAAAGUGCUCAACUACGUGGACUGGAUCAGAGGAGUGAUGGGCGGGAAGGAUGACCCCGGGGUGCUGAGCAGGGGCACCCACCGUGGAGCCCAGACGGGAGAGGGUUGGGUUGAGGACUGAACCCUGGGCGUGGGGCGGUGGGAACAGAGAUUCCUAUUCAGGUCACAGCUGCAGCAAACCACUGAGCCAGAGAAAUCCUCCGCGUCCCUCAGCCCCCUUCUCACCCUCCACCUUCCUGCGGGUUUGCGCGCUACACCCACACGUCUCCUCGCUACACCCACACGUCUCCUCGAGUUUCCGCUUUGAACUUCAUCCCCCGGGACGCGGCGUCUCUCUCCCGAGAGACAGUCACCUCAUCCUCCUGCUCAAGUGCAGUGUGGGAAAGUAGUCUCAGUUCAUUUCUGAAACACUUGAAAUCCCCUGUGAUCGACCUUCAAACAGUCACAUAGUCUUGGCUUCACCUCGCACAACUCCUUGGCUGCAAUUAUAGUCACAGCUCUACGUUGUUCUGUAUCUUCUUCUAUCAGGUGCUUCCCGUGUGUUACUUCACCGACUCCUCACACCAGCUUUGCAAAGGAUGAGUUAUUAUCCACGUUUUACCAAGGAGGAAACUGAAACUCAGGGAGAUAAAGGGACUCUUCCAAACCCCACAGCUGAUACAGGACGGCGAAGGCAUGUCCUUUCCAGUACACCUCGACGGCUCUCAGGUGUCCUCAAGACCUACUGUAUCGCCCACUCCCCGAUCCCCGCAUCCUUUUAGAUUCUCCCUCCUGGGAAUUCCUGCCUCGGUGAAGCUGACAGCAGCUGGCUCACACUUUCCUGCUGGCCGCACUCCUGCAGACACCUCGGUGAGCCCAGCCCUGGGCUGGACGGUCCUGCAGGCACCCCCAGAGCUGCUGGACACCCUGGGCCAUGUCCCCAACAUCAAGCACACUGCUCUCCCUGAAAAGACCAACUCUUUAAUUUUUAGUAAGGACUUGAUGUCACAGUAGAAGACACAAGUAAAAUACAGUUGUUCAAAUGGAAAACAUAAAAAGACACAAAUAAAAAACAAUUGUUCAACUGGAAAUAGAAGACAGAUACAUAAAACAGAAGAGAACAAAUUUGCUAGACUUCAAGGUCGAGUUAGCUAUAUGGUUAAAGGUUACAUUUAUCUUUGAGAAAAUAGCAGGAUUCAAAGUUAUACAUACAUGUGGUUUCUUCAAUUUUUUAAACCUAUACAUAGUACAGAAUACUCAAAAUAUUAAU